AUGACGGAUGAAACUGCUGAAGCAGUACAAGCUGCUCUUGCCGAACAAGCUAAUCCAAAAACCAUUCUAAGUAGUCAACGUUUUUUUAAAACCGGUAAAGGUGAAUAUGGUGAAGGUGAUAUAUUCAUGGGUGUUCGUACACCUGCUAAUCGAAUUGUGGCUAAACGUUUUUCUACACUUCCACUUGUCGAAAUUGAUCGUCUUUUAAAUAGUCCCAUUCAUGAACAUCGUCAAGCUGCACUCUUUAUUCUUAUCAAUCAAUUUGUUGCUGCCAGUCGACCAUCAACACGUGAUGAUAAACUUCGUGGUGAAUUAUCAUCUUUCUAUGUUCAAGCUCUUAAACGUGGUCGAGUAAAUAAUUGGGAUUUAAUUGAUUCAUCAGCUGAACAUUUAUUAGGUGCAUAUCUUGAAGAUAAAUCUCGGCAAUUAUUAUUUGAUCUUGCUUCAAGUUCUCAAUUAUGGGAAAGACGAGCAGCUAUUAUUGCUACAUUUACUUUUAUUAAACGAAAAGAUAGAUCAACAACUUUUGAACUUGCUGAAAAACUUCUGAAUGAUACUGAACCUUUAAUGCAUAAAGCCGUUGGAUGGAUGUUACGUGAAACAGGAAAACGAAUUAAUAAAAAAGUUCUCACAUCAUUUCUUGAUCGACAUGCUGCGAAAAUGCCACGUAUUAUGCUUAGUUAUGCAGUUGAGCAUCUUUCUAUUAAACAACGAACACAUUAUCGUAAUCUUAAAUAA